AUGGAACCUCCUCACAGUGUGACCAUCAGUGUGGAUGCCUGGAGCUCCUGUACGGAGAGACUGGUCCUCGUGGGUGACGGGAUUCCACCCACGGGGGAUAGGGCCGUCGAUUCCUCCCAGCAUAGAGCUAUUGACGCCCAGCAAGACUCCCUGGUCUUCAUCCUGUUGGAGCCUAUUCCGACCAACUCUCUGCCCAAGAAGUUCUUGAAACUGAGGAGAUUGCUGAUGCAGCAGACGUACCUGGAGUGGCCCAUGGAUGAGCGAAAGCAGCAGGUGUUCUGGGUCAACCUCAGGUCUAUGCUACAGGUGGCGGACCACCGGAUCCUGAAGGAUAUGGCCCUAGAGUUAGCCCAAAGCGCUUCUCUGAUCCCAGACGAUUUGGAUCCUUUGUUAAAAUGA